CAGUGGGAGGAGAAGUAUUCAGGUCUUUUACUUGAGUAAGUAAAAGCAGAAGUAUAGGAAUUCUCCAUUACAAGUAAAAGCCCUGAAUUCAUAAAACAAUCUCAAGUAGGCGAAUGUAAGUAUCAUUAUCAAAAUGUACUUAAAGCAAAUGUAGAAGUACUCAUCAUGACCCAGAAUGCCAGUUUUAUACAGUACACAUUACAUUAUUUGAUUAUGGAUCUUUUAACAUCAGCCUUUUAUUGUAGCUGCUCAACAAGGAACUAAUUCUAACUACUUAAUAUUUUGUUGGGUUGUAUAAUCUACAACCAUGCAUCACAACUUGUAAGAUAAUCAUAGGUUUAAUUUGUAAAAUGUAAAUCCACUGAGCAGUAAAUAGGUCUUGCUGUCAGCAGAAGCAAAAACCAGCAUAAAAUAUAAGCAUUCAAGUAAAAUAGCACUUAACUGUACAGCCUAUUGAGUAAAAGUACAUAUACAGGCCAAACUCAGUUUUUCAUUUCAGAUCAUAUUUAAAUACAAUAAACGAAUGUUUUGUUUUUGUACCACUUGGAUGUGGUGAUUUAUUAAGCUAUAAAAAUCAUAAACAAAAUAAAAUCAAGUAAAAUCAAAACAUUACAACGUCAGUGUAGAUGUAAGAUGAAAUAUAAGUGGCAAUAACGAACCAAGAUUUCUGUGUGUAGUUGCAGAAACAAAGUGGAGAGCUGUGUGCUUAUUCAUCACACGAAGAACAGUAGGCCUCUGUGUUGAUGAGGAAGCGUUUUGCUGGAUAUAAGUUAUGGGGCAACUUCAAAGAAAUUUCCUUCACCUCAUUCAUCUUAUCUGUUGAUAGAUAUGUUAGAGGUGAGGUCCACACUGGCUCUCGUGGGUUAAUUGUUACUUAUAUGAGUAAGUUACUGGCUAAAUAAAACCACAGUCAGUGUGCCAAUAAGGCCACCGCUGACCGAGGAAUGCGCUUCGUCAUCACAACUUUCCCCUGGGGGUAAAUAAGAAGAAGGAGGAGGAGGUCUGGGAGGAAAGAGGAGGAGGGCACUUCUCAGCUGGGACUUUCCUCACCGCCCUCCAGAAGAAAAAAAAAGUUCAAUCACUGGGCACCACGCCGGAGAUGUUCCCCGGUGCCGCCACGGAGGAAGAAGAGGAGGAGGAAGAGGUAUGCGGACCUGUGCGCGGUGCUGGGGCCGCUGGGGCAGUGUCCCCCUCCGCUCGGGAGUAUUACUUCUUCUAAUCCCGCCGCUUCUCCUCGCGCUCCAGCUCCUCGUCGUCGGACCGCGGUUACCUCGAGCUGCGAGGGCGGUGGGGCUGGGGCUGGGGGUGGAGGAGGAGGAGGAGGAGGAGGGCGCGGUUGCCUUUUCCGUUAUCAGCAUCGAACCGGAGAGGAGCUCGCGCCGCUGGGGAACACCGUCCCGGCGGCGAUCGCGUCUGCAGGUUGGAUCCACAACACUGGAGGUGCAGCCGUGGGCGGCCGACAAGCCGUCAUUCACAGCAGAACUCCAUCGUAUCAUCACAUAUAUCACCAGGCCACAGCUGAACUGCUCCAAGGUUUUACCUCCAGGUCAGGCUCAGGCUUCACACCACUGGCUGCUGUGUGCUGAGGACUGGCUCCUCCCAGCUCCAGACAGACCAUGUAUUGCAUACUCCUUCAGUAUGGAUGGAAGAGAUGUAGACUUCCUCGAGACUGUGUCAGGGCUAGGAUGUGAAGUACAUAGUUUUGAUCCCAGCAACUCCAAUAGGCCCACAUCUGAUCGUCACCUUGGCAACCGUUUGGCCAGUAACCACGGCAACGGAGGUGUGGUCAGACAGCACAAGAUGUGGCUGGAGUGGCGCACUCCAAGGAAGCGCAAGCCCAAGACGAGAGGCAACCCGGGUAGUGUUUCUCAAACACUGGCAGACAUCAUGGCAGCUCUGGGACAUCGCACAGUUCACUUUUUGUAUGCUGAUCCUGCUCAGUGCCGAGUGGCGGGUUUUCCAGAACUGGAUUGAAUCAGGAAUUCUGCACAGUGUCCAUCAUCUGGUUGCCACAGUGCACUUGCAGUGGGCAGGGUUUGAGGUGGGAGGAACUGAUGAGG